AUGGAUUAUCAUUCUCCAAAAGAGUAUGGAAAAUCCAAAAGGCAAACUCAAAACUUCAACGAUUAUGAUUCAUUAAGUCCAAGCCGUUUAUCUCCAAUCAAAUCAAGCCAAUCUAAAAAUACGUUAAAAAGCUUAUUAGAGUAUGAAAAGUCAUUCCUUGAAACAGAGCAAAAGCUAAUGGAAGAAAAGAGAAAUUUAGAGAAAAGAAAGGAAAUUGCAGAAGAAAAACUUCAAUCUCAAACAAAACCCGUUGAAUCAACAAAAAAUAUCAAUUUACUUAAUGAAAAUUCCGAAAUUGCAGAAAGUCUCGUCGAUCAAGAUUACAUUUACAACAUAGAAAAAGAAAUUCAAAUUGAAUCUUCUAAAAUUGCUGAUUUACGUGCCAUUUUAGACAAUCCUCCUAGAAGACAAUCACAAUAUGAAGUACCAAGUAAUCCAUCAGUUCAUGAAACUAAAAAUCACAUUGAUUUAGUUUGUGAUUCAAUUAGACGAAAACAACAAGAGGUUAAAGAACAAAAAGAAAGUAUUAAGCAACUUGAAAGAGAAAAUAAACAGGUUCGAGAUGAUUUAGAGGCCGAAUACAAUGAACGAAAUAAACAAAUUCAAAAAUUAAGAAAAAUUGUUGCAAAACUCAAACAAAACAGUGAAUCAAAAGAACAAGAAGUUAACAGAAUAAACGAAUUAAAGAGAAAACUUUCAAACCUCAAUGAAACUAAAGAAGAGUUAUUGAUUCACCUAAAUAGAGACGAAAUUGCAACUCCAAAACUUGAUGACCUUCAAAACGAAAUUGAAAAACUAAAGAAGACAUUAAUUGAAAAAGAAAAUAUAUUACGAUCUGAAGAGAAUUUUUAUGAACAAGUAAAAUGUGAAGUUGACUCAUUAAAGAAUCAAGUUUCAAGAAAAGAAGCAACACUAGAAGCAAAUGAGAAGGAUAUUAGUAGAAUGGAAGAGAAAGUUGAUGCUUCUGGAAACGGAUUUGAUAAUGCACUUAAAACAAUGAAGAAUCCUUCAGGAUCUGCAACUGAUGAUAUAUAUACGUACACACCACAUCAUAGUUUGGAUUCAAAGCGUCCUUCUGCUCUUGAAUUAAAUACUAAUUAUAGUUCAACAGAAUUAUCAGUUUCCAAAGUAAGUUCUAAUAGUAUUUCAAAUAGUCCAACAUCUCCAUACAUAGAUGAACUGGUUAGCUUGUUUAGUUAA